AACUGAUGGAAAGGCAAACCGGUUCUUAGAAGGUUCUCCAGUGGAACCAACUCUGAACCAGCACCAGCGCUAGCUCUGAACCAGCACCCGGGUCUUUCUGGUGGAAAAAACCAGUGAUUUGUGGUUCUGUUCUUCUGAAGAGAGACUUGUUGUGAUUACACGCCUGUGCUGUAGGUGGCGCUGUUUCAUGCCGCGAUCCCGGAAGUAACCCAGUCUGGUCUCGCAGUGUGUAUCUGCGGGAUGUAAAUAAAGCUCCGAAAUCGACACACACCGCAUAAUAAAAGUGUUGGACACGAAACACAGCUGAACCCCGUGUACGAGCUGAGGAUGGAGGAGGGGGAGGAGUGUGUGGGAGGAGGAGGAGGAGAAGCUGUCCUUCAGCUCCACCUGCCCUGUGAUCCUCCUGCAUCGUGCUCUGUGGCGGUGGGGACCGACCUGUCCAUGGCCGACAUCUCACACCUGCACGCUGAAGUGUGUGAGCUCAGGAGAACGCAGGUGUGUGGAGCUCCACCAGCACUGUGCUCCGUGUGUAAAGCUGACGUUAACACGUCACAAGGAUCCGAACACACGUUACAGGGAGCGGACGUUGUGUGUGCCGCUGCGGCCGAAUGGCCCGAGGUCUCCUGUGGAGCGAGCGAAUCAAAGAAUGAGGAGAACGAACCCAGCACCUCUGACCGUUCAUACGGUGAUCAGAACCUGGCUGAGUCGCACUCCUCACCACACACACCUCUAAGUGAAGAACAGCACACAGAACACACUCCGCUCAUGAUGUGUUCAGUGACGCUGGUGGACUGCAGGACCAUGGUGGAGCUGAACGGAAACAUCACACAAGAGGAAGACCUGGAUGACGGGAGUGUUCAUGCCGAGGAACCCGAGGAACCGGAGGAAGCCAGCGAUGAGUUUUGUCCUUCAACUCCUUUAGGUGACCACAGUGAGUCUUGUGACGAAGAAAGCAAAUUGUCGGACAAGCCGAAUCAGAGGAGAAGGAAGAAGAAGAAGAGUGGAAUAAAGACCAUCUCCCCCUGCACCAUCUGUGGGCAGGAGCUGAUGUCUGCGGCGUUUUUGACCAGACACAUGAAAAUGCACGAGAAUCGUGUGAAGCAAAAGACGCUGCGUCCUCACACGUGUACGGUGUGUGAGAAAGGAUACCCCACACACUCGGCCCUCAAAGUGCACAUGAAGUCUCACAGCGUGGACAAACCCUUCCGCUGUGACCUGUGUGGGAACUGCUUCAAGACCAAAGGAAACCUCAAGUGUCACCAGAGCAUACACACGGGGCAAAGACCCUUUCAGUGCGCUUACUGUCAGAUGUGUUUCUAUCACAAAACUCACCUGAAAAAGCACGAGCGCGUGCACACUAACGAGAAACCGUACGUGUGCCCGGAGUGUGAGAAAGGCUUCAUCACCAUCAGUGCUCUGAAACAGCACCAGAGGGUCCACACGGGGGAGAAGCCUUACUCCUGCUCCUACUGUGACAUGACGUUCGGACAGAAGGUGAACCGUGACCGACACGAGCGGACGCACACGGGGGAGAAGCCUUUCCUGUGUGAUCACUGUGGGAAGGGCUUCUCGGACCCCCGACACUUCUACACACACAAACGCAUCCACGUGGGCGAGAAGCGUGAGCGACCGUUCCAGUGCUCCUUCUGUGGCAACAGCUUCUUCUACCGCAUCAACCUGAAGCAGCACGAACGCGUUCACACUAAAGAGCGACCUUACAGCUGCACUCAGUGCCCGAAAACCUUCGCACGGCCCGACGUGCUCAAAACACACCUGCGUGUUCACACCGGGGAGAAACCCUAUCACUGCAGCAUCUGUGACCAGGGCUUCACUUAUCUGGGCAGCUUUAGAGCUCAUCAGAAGAAUCACACCAAGGAGGACGUGAAGCAGAACCUGUAGCGCACGCGCACACACACACACACACACACACACAUACACACACACACACACAUAUGCACACACACA